GAUCUCGAGUUUCCAGUUAGAGGAACUAGCGCACUUUGACGCAAAAACUUGCGCGCCGAACGCGAGGUGAAAAUGACCAUGACAGAGUGCAACACAGAAAUGCAGUCCUUCCCACAGCAGGUGAUUGUGGGCAUCCUGGUGCCCGCAGGUCAGAUGGGCCAAGUCGGCCAAGUCGGUCAGGUGGGCCCGGCCUGCCAGAUGGGCCAGAUGAGCGGCCAGAUGGGGAUGGGGCAGGUGGCGCCUCAAGUGGCGACCUUCCCAUAUCAGGCGAUGGCGGCCCCUGCCAUCUAUGCCAAGCCUGAGUAUGUGUACAUGCCCCAGAUGGCACAGCUAGCUCCCAUGCCUGCCGAUGGCAGUAGCAGCUUCCCAGUCACACCCAGGAGUCCCCAGAGACAGGCGUCUCCAGAGGAGACCGACACCGCCACGACCGCAGAGGAGCGGCUGGAGCGGCCGCGCCUUUCGACCAGUGCCGCACGACGCAUGCGGCGCAAGCGCGCGGCUGAGCGAGCAGCACAGGCGGCGCUGGAGCAUCGAGGGGAGAAGGUGGCACCGUUGUCGGCGGGAAGAGUAAAAAGCGACUCCAUCAAUUCCAUUUUGGAGAACAUGGACUUCCUUCGUUCUCAGUUGACCAGCGGAAUUACUGACGAAGUUCAGAAAGCACUGGUCACCAUCCAGGGUCAUGUCUGGCAAUUGGCACAGCAUGCUCUUGGCUGCCGGCUCGUCCAGCUGGCCUUGGAAACAGGCUGCCAUGAGGCGGCAUUGCUAACGCGGGAACUCCACGGACACGUUCAGGAAGCUGCAGUAUCUCCACAUGCGAACUAUGUGAUCCAGAAGGUCGUGUCCACCUUGACGUGGGCGGCCUCCAGCUUUGUGGCGCGGGAGUUGGUGAAUUCCUGCGCGCGUCUGGCGCGACACCGCUACGCCUGCCGCAUCUUUUGUCGCCUGCAGGAGUUCUGUGGCAAUAGGGAUUUGACACUGCAGCUAAUCGAUGAGUUGUUGGUCGAAGCUGAGGAUUUGUGUCGUCACAACUUUGGGCAUCACGUGGUGCAGUCUGUGUUAGAACAUGGGCAUGAGAAGCACCGCAAAGUGGUGGCGAAUAUCCUGAAAGCAGACCUAUUGAGCUUUGCUAAGCAUCGCAACGCAAGCUACUUGGUGGAGAAGGCCUUGUCCUAUUGCGCUGUUGAGGACCAGAGAGCCUUGCUAAGUCAAUUGGGCCGCACAGAUGUGAUCGUGGACUUAGCAAGGUCGCAAUUCGGCUGCUAUGUGGCAAAGUCGCUCUUGCAGGAUGAGAGGGUGAACGGCCAGGAGGCCUUAAAUCGCAUCCAGGCCUUAGCCCACGACUUCGCUAGGACCAGACAUGGUCAGCGGCUGCUGGUAGAGAUUGGCCUGCUGCAGGAAUGAAGCCUUGACAGGAUCAGUCGAGCGGCAGCUGCGGUGGACGGAAAAGUCGGGCUUUUCCCGUUGCUGGCCACCGAUGACAGCAUUUGGCUUGGUCGUCUGCCAAAGUGAUGCAAGGACGCAAAGCAUGUACAGGCAGCCUCUGCAAAUUGCCAGAGGGAGACUUCAUGCUUCUGCCUGCCGUUUUGAAACACGCGAAGAAAAUUCGGCUGCAUUUUUUUGAUUCCUGGGAAUGCUGCUGACCAGAGCAGUGUUUUCAGUGCUUUGAUGUGGUGUCACACAGUUUGUAAAGCACCACUUUUUUUGAAGAGUGCGCUCUUUUUCAUGUUUGAACUUCUG